AUGACAAAUGAUAACCUCCUUACCGAUGAAUAUGUCGCCGAACUGCUCGCCAAAGAGGCGGACGACUGUUCGCUGAAAUACUCCAGUAUAGGUAUGGAGGCGUUCCGCACCGACAAAAAACCGGCCAACAUGCCUAAGCCGAACACCCGCUUUCUGCGCCACAUCAUAAAGGACACCAACACGCACAACAAGAACCUCCUCGCUAAAGAGGCCGCAGAGUCCCGCGCACGGCUCAAAGACCUCGAGCAUGCCGAGGAGAAGGAGAGGCGGAGGAAGGCAGGUCCUCAGGAUAUCCGCAGACGGCAAAUGGGAGACAUCAAGGCUAUCUUGGGAGACCGCAAGGAGAGGACGAGCCGCACGGUGCGUACCGACGAGAAGCCGCGCAAGGAGGAUGAACUGCCGCCGCGCAAGAGACAUCACAGGGAACAAAGAAGCGAGUCACCGGAACGCGACAGCAAUGCGAGGCACCACCGAAGCAGGGGGGAUGGGUCGCAUCCCGAGCGUGAUGAGCGCCGACGCCACAAGAGCGACCGGCGUAGGUCACGAUCGCCCGACGAGAAGUCUAGGAGACACCGCCACCGAUCGCCCCUGGCAGGCAAGGAUUCAGCGCCGAAGCCUCGCAGGAGCGACAAGGAGCGCAGUGGAGCCGAAGAUGCACGCGAUCUGAUGUCGAGGAGACACCGAAGCCGAGACGAGAGGACCCGCGAGAGGCCCCAGGGUGGUUUCUCCAUUAAAGGCAGCAGCCGGCGUGCGACGCAAGAGCAGGACUCGGCCACAGCGGGAUCCGACUCGGACCCGUUGGACGAGUUCAUCGGGCCGGCACCGCCGCAACAGGUUCGUUCGAGAGGCCGGGGCGCGGCGGCAGGGACGUCAGGCAUCGACAAGCGGUUUGAAGCGGACUACGACCCCAAGGCGGACGUGGAGAUGGCGGACACGGUCGACGCGGAGGAUUGGGACGACGCCGUGGAGGCCUUUAGGGACAGGCAGAAGUGGAGGCAGAACCAGGAGCAGCGCAUGCGGGCGGCGGGGUACACGGACGAGAUGAUCAAGAAGUGGAGGGAGGGCGGUAGCGGCGGCGGUGGUGAGCAGAGGGACGAGCGGGAUGUGCGGUGGGCCAAGGCUGGGGAGAAGCGGGAAUGGGAUCGGGGCAAGGAGGGCGGGCUUAGCGGGUUGUUCUCCGAGUUUAACUAA